GAAGGGAGAUGUGGCUGGGGCUUCACCUGCCUCACUAUGUCUGCCAUUUUCAAUUUUCAGAGUCUGUUGACUGUAAUCUUGCUGUUCCUAUGUACCUGUGCUUAUAUCCAAUCCUUGGCACUCAGCCUUCUGUACAGAAAUAAAACUGGGCUGUUGGGUAUAUUUUGGAAGUGUGUCAGAAUUGGUGAACGGAACAGUCCUUAUGUUGUGGUAUGCUGUAUUGUGGUGGCCUUCAGCAUCCUCUUCAUACAGUAGCUUGGAAAAAUGCCAGAAUUCAGUUGCCAUCAGAUUUAAAUAUGAAAAAAAUAAAGGACUUAUCUUCAGAAAAUAAUGGAAAGAAUGGUUAACAAUUUUAUCUCUGAACAUUGAAUGAGAUAAAUUUUCAGCUGUUUUUCUCUAUUUUAGUUAUUGGACCAAUUUCUAUAUAAAUAAUUAGGAUAUAACCAUUUAAUACACAGAGUUUAAAUAUGUCUGUAACAAUCAACCUCAGUACUGUCACUACAAUAUUACAUUCUGCAUAUGUCAUUCUGUUGUGUCAGAUACCAGUUUUUAGUGAGGUAUCUUUAAGGCACAUAGGCAAAAACAAAAUUGGUAAAUUAAGUUCCUUUCACUGUGAUUUGGAAACGAUAAUUCUUUAUAGAAUGAGACUUUUUUUGGACUAGUUUUUUUAUUGAAAAAGAAAAAAGUUCAAUUCGCAUUGGUAAGGAUUGCAUUCAUAUUUAAUAAUGCUUGCUUUUCCUCUGGUCACAUCAUUUUGAGCAUUAACCAGAGUACCUCUACUCCUAGCAAAGUGUAGUUUAUUACAGGUGUUUAAACUAUUUAAAACAAGCCUAUGCAGUUCUUAAGGAGGAAGAUAAAUGAGAAGUGACUUAAGAGUGCUAUUGAGAAAAUGUUCCUAUUUAACAUAAGAGAAUUC